CACAACUUGGCAGUUGGAGAUCAAGGUGACGCAAAUGUCGUCUAACCAUAGCGAAUUAGUUUUCCUAAUUUUUGGAAUCAUGAAGUUAGUCAGUGGUGACACCUGUUUGGAUGUGGAUUCUGUAGUUCAGCGUGACAAGUACAUGGAACACCAGGUGUUCAGAAAGUUCGGGAGUCAGUCUCUCUACACCUGUGCAUCAGAAUGUCUGAUGUCCUCAGCAUGUCUGUCCUUUGGAUAUGACAAGAAAACGCGCACCUGCCUACUGAACAGUAACAGUAGUGAUACUGCUAACGUUGUUGAGAGAACAGGAUUCCUCUUCAGUGAUAUACAACACUGGCCAAAGUCUCUCUCUGGACGAUGCGCUCAAGUGGUGUGUGAAACCAACACCCGCUGUGAAGUAACUCGACUUGGUCUUGCAAGGUGUGUUCCAGAGUUCCAGGGGUGUGGUCAUCCCCCGGAUGUAAGAGACGCCAACACAACGUAUGAUGGUCACUACCAGGGAGCUAUGGCGACCUACUCCUGUGACCAUGACUACAGAGCCUGCUACAACAAUGUCACCAGCACCUGUCAGUCAUCUGGAGCCUGGGAGAGUUUAGAAGGUCUUUGUGGACAGUACAGGUGGCACAAUCCGAUAUGGGUCCUUUAUUCAUUUCCGUGUGGUCCAUCCAGCAAGUUCCAGUUGAUAAUGAAUGGGACAGCGACAGCAGCUACAAGAUGGGGUUUCAAGAUACAGAAACAAACUGACUCAUUUUUCGACUCUGAGUUUUGCGUAGGCUACAAUGGGAUCAGUGACCUUGUCCGUAUCAACACUAAGGUAGAUGAUGUUUGGGGGACAGAGGUGCGUUUAGAUCUAGCAAUGGCUGUUGGAAAAGCAAUGGAGAUUCAAAUAACCCUCCAAGAUGGAGUAUACGGGUUAGUAAUCGAUAGUGCCAUCAUUCACAACUUGACGGAGAGAGACGCUGGAGCAAAGCCUGACCUUUUUGGAUUUUGGGGCGACGUCUCUGUUAGUAUGAUUGAGUGGAUGUCAUAGUGGAACUCCUCGAGAGCGACAGGUGGCCUUCAUAACUUUGAUGACCAAGGCCAACGGAGAUGUUUUCUUGUCUUAUACGGGACAGUGACUGUGUUACUAACGCUAAGGUUGAAUGUGUUUAUACUUUUAAACAACUGCACGACUCGAUAUGAGAAACUAGGCAACAAAACGUAACAUAUAGUCAUUUCACGGACACAGGACUAUAUGUAGUCGUUCCGUUAAAUGUCUGUGGGCGCAUAGGGUUUUAUUGUUAAUUGUAUAGGAAAGGUAUGGAUUUCAAAUUUUGUCUCUGACGAUUGACGAAUGUGUCUUGGCAUACGAUGUGUUGUUAAGUUUCGGUCCGGUCCUAUUUAUCACGAAACCUAAUCAGUAAUCAAGGUGUUGGAAAAUUUGUCAGGAUAAUGAAAGGGAGACGUUAAAUGGUCUACCACCUGUUUCGAAAGGGUUGCAAAUAUCUAGGGUAGGUAACCGUGUUUGAGACCAAAACAAUAGUGAAACAUGUAAAAGUAUACUGGACAAAAUAAGGUAGGGACAUUGGUAUUUUUAAGAUUGAUAUUUCAUCAGUGUGUCAAGGAAUAUAUAGAUCAUUAUUCGCAAUUUCAAAAUGUACAUAUAUCCCUAACUAUUUUUGGCCAGUAUAGAACGGAUAUAGCAUUCAAAGAGUGUUUUGUUUCCUUCUUUAUGUACCUUUGGCAAUAUAACAAUGCAUUUAACUUUAUUCAUUCUAUUUGUAAUAGUUAUUUGUAUUAAACUGAUAGUUCAGGAAGGUACGGGAAGGAAUCAAACCGCAUAGGCCUUUCCAACAUAACGUAUUUGAGAAGAAUUUGGAAGAAAUUGAAUUGGUGAAUAUCAUCAUAACUGUCUUUAUUGCUGUAUUCAAUGCUUCUUUUAUUAGAUUGUCACUGCAUUUGUAAUGCCACUAAAUAUGUACUGACACUUUAUCUUGUACCGCCAUUGUACUUCCUUUGAAGUGUUUUGUAGAGAUUUGUAACCUUAGUGACAUUCAAAGUACAGUUCCAGUUAUAUUACAUUUCUUCGUUGAUUGGCAGUUUCACAUCCAAUUCUUUCACAGACUGAUUUCUGGUUAACUUAUCGUUUCAACUUGGGAAUCAACACCUAACAAUAGAGAUGAAUGGGUAAUUGUACAGAAAUAUCUCUGACACUUCAUUGUUUUGAAAACUCGUGUGAUCUUACAACUAAUAUGUUUUGCAAAGAACAUGCAUUUUGUUACCAAUUGUUUCUCAACAUGUCACUUUCGGUCUACUUUAUCUUAAAUUAGAAAUAGUCUGCAACAUAAUUGCGUUUCCCUAACGGUCAUCUAUGAAAUUAAUACGUAUGAGGUGGAUGGAAGUUUAACUUUCAAACCUAUCAGACGUUAACUGCAAAACUGCAUGUCCUUCCUGAGUUCAUUAUAUUUGAACCUCUGAAAAGUUGCCUCGUUUUCGUUGAGAAAGGCGAUUGUGUACAAUGGUUCAUUGCUUCAGCUGCCUUUCAGCCAUUCUUGUAAUCUCUCUGGAAUGGAAGCCUUUGGUGUCAUUUCCAUUGUAUGACUAUGGUAGUUACGUUCGUUACUGUUUAUAUAUCACACUGUGUUUUCUGAAACAUAACAUUGGCAUUUGUUGUGUCGCUAUUUGUACUAUAGGAGAUAAUUUUAUCGUGAGUUUGUACCCAGGUGGAUGGAAAUUUAACUUUCAAACCUAACAGACGUUAACUGCAAAACUGCAUGUCCUUCCUGAGUUCAUUAUAUUUGAACCUCUGAAAAGUUGCCUCUAUUUCAUAGAGAAAGGCUACUGUGUACAAUGGUUCAUUGCUUCUUCUGCCUUUCAGGUAUUCUUGUAAUCUCUCUGGACACCUUAGGUGUCGUUUCCAUUGUGUGACUAUGGUAGUUACGUUUGUUACUGUUUUCAUAUCACACUGUGUUAUCUGAACACAUAACCUUGGCAUUUGUUGUGUCGCUGUUUGUACUAUCGUAGAGCAUUCUUGUAGUUAUUUUGUAAUUACCCAUAUAAUUUGCACUCUAUUAAUAAACACUGCACUCACGGUUUCCUUCUGUGAAGUUACCCGUCCUAUAAAGCAACAAAACCCUUUCCAUAUCUAGAAGAUAUAUCUGAUAAAAGUAGAAGUGAUUGUACAAUUCCGACGAUAUAAUGAGCAUGUCUGUUAAUAACUAUUGUGAUGAUACUAGGUGUUCCCGCCCCACGUACAGUAUAAGAUGCCACUUAACAAUAUCUACACUCAGAUACCAAUCAACAUUGAGGGUAGCAGGGAUAAAAACACGUUUAAGGCAGUACCAAGGCACUAUAGUCAACAUGGACAUGGUUCAAACAAUCUAACUUGUUACCAAACACAUG